CGGUCACGGCACAGGAUGCAGCCCGGAUACUGGCAACUCUCACAAAAACCCGGCUGCGUGAGGGCUUCAGCUUCGCGCACUGCUACUCCGGAAUGGUGAGCAUGGUGGCCGAGGUGCACAUGAGGGACCCCCUGCGUGGCAGCACAGUGACUGAUUCGGAAGGGGGCGUCUUCUCGUGUUUCUUGCAGUACGUCCUCUUCCCUCCCCACACCUGCACAACAAAAGACAGCGUCACCAGUAUCUCUACUGACGACGACGAACUCGAGACGACCGAGGCAGACGGGGAGCUGCAGAUCGUGGUGGAGUGUUGGAUCGAGCCGCAGUGCGGGGUCGUGAUCGACUCCCCGGCCUCCCAGAGACACCUGGAGGGGCUGGAAUACCAGGACAUCCCCCAGGCCUUGCUCCCGUUCGACUCCCACGUCAUCUCUUCCCUCGUGACGUUCCAACAUCUCUUCGCGAUGUGCGGUAACCGCUGCGUCCCGCCGCCUACCGCAAUGGAGGGAGGGGGGUCCGGACGGACCACUCCAACCAUAGCAGACUUCGGGGCUACGGACAGCAACAUCAAGCACCUGUUCUUCCCUUUCGAUCUUGUCGAGCUGCUGCCGCAUUGCCAGAAGGUUUCCAUGCAGUUCCAGGCUUGUAGACAAGAGGAGGAACCUCAGGAGGGUGAGACCCAGCCAAAGGGGCAGCAGGCUAACAGGGACUUGUUCAAACUCAUGCACGACCGGCUGGCAGAACUGACCCACCGCGAGAUGCCUCUUUCAGACGACGUUUCCACAAGCUUCACCAAAACCCUGACAGAGUCGAAUGCUUCAACCGAUCACAAGGCUGACGACACUAUCGUUGGGGACACAGAAUCAUCAGAAACUGAAGCAGCCAAGACUGCAGCAGGUGGGAAAAAGACGGAAGAGGACAGCAGCACACCGCAGACAGAAACAAAGAGCCUUGCUGCUGCGAUACUGGAAGAACAAGUCCCAACGGUCGAGUGGAAGUGCUACAUGAAGUCUGUCCGAGCAGGUAAUGUAGUGCUCACGGUCCUGCCCAAGACUUACCAGGAUGUGGUCGUCUUCGACAACUACCGAAAGAAGAAGGAGAAAGAAGCAAGACUGCUAAGGGAGGAGGAUGGGGUGCAAAGAGACGAGUCAGCUGAUAGAGCAGAGCAAGAGAUGCCGACCGUUUUAACAGAGAUAGAAGAGGUGGAGGAGUUCAAGUCAUUAGAAAGUGUGGAAGAAACCCUGGCUACAGGUGAUGCAGGAGAAGAUGAUGAAUCCGAACCUUCUUUGUCUGAGAGUGAUGUUCAAGCAGAAGACCAUCCUGAAGCUGUGGUAGAAGAGACAAGGCAAGAAGAUGAAGUUGAAGAAAAAGAAGAAGUUGAAGAUACAAGCUCUUCAGUGACUCCGCCGGUGACUAUCCCUAUUUAUGUCUUCAGCUGCCAGCAGUCCUGCCUGCUGAGACAGCUCGAGCUGGGCGUCGUGGAGACCACGCCGGAAACCGUGCGCGACCACCGGUUUGACCGGGAGGGGUUCCUCGUCCGCAGCAACAGCCAGUUCAGCGACUUCUGGAAGAGCCGGGAGUCCGUCCGACUGAACGCCGACCAGCGCGUCGACUCGCGGGAGACCAUCGACGAAGACUUCAGCUCCGGCGACUCAUUCAAGGAUUUCUGCGACCAGAUUUCGGACGGGAUCCAGCAGUGUUAUGUCACCGCCGUGUUCCAGAGCCUGCAGGACGGGGUUCCUCUGGACCACCAGGAUGUGCAAGCCGCCGUGGAGAACGUCUGCGAAGAGCAGCUUCACGAGAUCGACAUUACGGAGUUCCUGGGAACGCUGUGCGGCCACCUUAGCACCUGCCAACACCUCCGGAGGCACAGACUGGACAGCACAAGCAAAGUGGACCUGAACGAAACAAAGGAAAGCAUAGACACUGUGGUUGAUGUAGAGGACAAAACAAAGUACUUUCCCCUCAGUUCUCUACCUGCAUCCUGCGAGUCAAGCUUGGAGCUCCACAAAACAAUCAAGGAAAAGUUUGCGCAGACGGUUGGGAAGUAUUUCCAGCCGGUCCCGUCCAGCCCAGACCUGUACUUCUACUGCUCCCCUCGGCAGAACCAGCGAAGCUCACGGCAAGCGGAGGAACCGGCUGAUAACUUCGAAGACGAGUCGCCCAUCACUACAGAAGAGGAGGACAACGCCCAAUCCGACUCGGAGCACAUCCGGAUCGAGAGUGUGAGCGACAGUGACAUCGUCAUCGAAGACACCCUGGAAACGACAGAGGAUGAGGAUGAUGAUGAUGAGGAUGAUCUUCGCGACGGGCACACGGAAACGCUUGGCUCCAUCAGUGUGCAGAGCGAGUUUGGCAGCAGGGAAUCUGUCGUGCUCGAGGAGGCAGCUUCGGGGAGCGUCCCUCCACUCUUCCUGAACCUGACCUGCUCGCUGAGAAGCGGCAGCCACAGGGGGAGUAUGAGUGUGACGCAGGACAGCUUGCCCACUUGUGUGAAAGACGUCUCUGCCUGUCUGGACCCGAGCGUGAAGGAACUGGAUCUGUCUGACUUCUACGUAACCCUAGACAUCAUCUGCCUCACGUUGCCCGGGGUAACCAGCGGCGAAGACUCUGCAGAACUCAGGCCGGACCUGAACAGGAUGACCUCUAGCGACACGAACAUCAGCAGCCCCGUCGGCAGCCCGCAGGACUUCCAGACGCCGCGCUCCACUGAGCAGGACUUCUUCUCCGAGACCCACCUUGACCCAUUGGACGGCCUCCCCGAGGCCCACCGCAGGCUUGUGCUGGACUUUGUGGACCAGGUGAACUUCCUGCUGAAGGAUGAGAUCACGGCAGCACUGCGCCUGAUCCGCCCGGUGACAAUCCAGACACUCGAGAAGGUGGCUGCCCACGUGCAUGACUCCUCCUGUCGGCUGGAGACCGGUCUGUCUGCGAACCCGCUGGACUUGCCCCUCACCAUCCAGGAGGACGUCCCUCUGCAGUUCGUCUUCGGCUCCGACCAGAGCCUGGAACGGUUCGUGGUCGCUCUGGACGAUCUGCAGCUGCCGGGCUACAGGCUGGAGAAGGUCUGGCCCUGGUACUACACUGCGCUGGACCCGACCGCCCCCAUCUGGAAGAGGAAGCCUGAAAACCUGAACGACUCCCUUCCGCUGAGCAGUGUGAGCAACUCGGAAGAAGUCAUCUCCCCACGAAGCAGUAGGGACCACUCCGAUUCUGUGUCCACUUCCUACAGCGGCAGGGAUCACUCAGACUCGUUCGCUACAGUAGUGGAGAACAAGGUAAACAGACAGGACACCAAUAUGGCCGCCUCACCUGAAGAGUCAAGUAUUUCACCAUCACAACAAAGUACAAAUCAGACUCUUGCAGUUGAUUCUGAAGAGCAGCUUCUAGGUUUGCCCCUUCCUAUGGACACAUGGGAAUGCUUGGAGGAUGCAGACAAAGAUGAAGAAGCAGCCGUGGAGAAAGCCAUCGACUCCACUGAACUGAUCGAUCAGGGGCUCGACGAACAAGACUUUACAAAAAAUGCUGCAGAUGGAGACGAAAAUGCAGGUGACAAGACUACAGAAGCUGUUGAAGACCAACAUGAGAGUGACGUAUGUCUAGAACCUCCAACUGAAAAUAGAGAUCAGCAAGCAAAGAAGGAAACACAGAGUGACAACAUAGAGGAAAUUGACCAGAAAGAGCCAGGCAGCAAUGUAGAGAAAGAAAAAGAGCAAGCGCAUGCAGAUGAAAUGUCAGACAAAACUCUGGAAAAUGCCAACAGCGAUGAAACUCAACAGACCAAGCAAGAAACAGGAGACGUUACAGAAUCACUUGCAGAGGGUGAACCUGUUGAAAGUCUUCCUUCAGAGCAAACCACAGACAAUUUGAAAACUGAUGACAGUGCACCUCUACAGCCAGAUGAUUCUAAAACUGCACCAACAGCCAAACCGGAGGGUCCAGUCCUGCCCAACUUCUGGCUGAUUAUGAAGGUCUCCACAGACAACAAACAAACGAAUGAACAAACCGACAAAGUUGAGAUGUUCUGUCAUGCUAGGAAGGGCAACAUGGACGACCACUCCACGCUCUUCGAGACGCUUGGAGACAAAAUCCGGAACAGCUGCAAACUGGUGAACCAGAAGAUGCUGCUGCAAGACCUGCACGACACCCGAACCUGCAACUCGCUUCUUGUGGCCGAGGACGACGAAGACAUCUGGCUUAAAGACGACUACGGACCCGGCGGAGGUCAGAUCGGGGUUGCAGCCAUCAGCUCUGCAGAGGAUUUUGCGGAGAAGAAGAAGUACCUUGCUGCCACCAUGCAGUUCAUGCCGGGGUACUUUGCGUGCGAGUGUGUGUGGCGGGUCCACUUCUCCAUCCACCAGAGGCUGAAGACGGGGCCUGCGCGGGGGGUUUCACGCGGUCAGCAGGCCCUGAGGUCUGCCCUGUCGGCGUUCUCAGUCAACAACCAGAAGAAUAUGUUCGUGUUCCAGAUUGGAAAGGGCGAGGAUGAGAACUCCCUCCUGAGCUCGCGCACAUCGUCGCUUCUCUCCCUGCCGAUCCGGGGUGGGGCUGCGGAGCUGGAGGAGGACAUCAGGGAGUACCAGCAGGCCGUGGAGAAGGACUCAGGGAUGGACACGGUUCAGUCCGGUUCCCUGUCCGCCCAGGGCCAGGCUGAGGAGAGCGUGGUCCUGAUGUUUUUGUGUGGCCAGGCUGAGGAGAGUGUGGUGCUGAUGUUUUUGUGUGGCCAGGCAGAGGAGAGCGUGGUGCUGAUGGUUCACGGUGUCCAGCCGGCCGGAGCCGAGAUCCGCGUCGAUUUGGUGCAGAUCCUGCAGCACAGACUGGACGACGCAACGCUCGACGUCAUCAGCCUCAUGCUCGCCAGGAACCCGAUGUGCCGACUGUCUCCGGCGGACGUCCUGUUCAUCCAGCCUCCGUCGGAGCUGCCCACCCACACCCUUCGCCUGGCCGUUCCCGCUCAACUCUCCUCACACAUACAAGCCGUGGACUUCUACCUGAAGCAGAACCUUCUGCAGUUUCUCCACAACCCAAAGUUUAGCGACAGUGUCCACUUCCAGGACGUGGACCGGAAAAACGUGCCCCAAACCGACCAGGACGUGUUCCUGUACAACCGCCCGCAAGAGUCCGGCGGGAAAGGGAUUGCCUGUAUCAUCCUCGGGCACGUCGACAGCGAAGGGAACUACAUCCAGCCUCCUCCUGCCCCGAAGGUGUCCGUCGAAGCCUACAAGGUCGCCAUGACCUGGUCCAACUUCAAGCCGCUGAUCGAGACGCACCGACUCGAAGCCGGUUGUUGCAGCUCUCCGGACGGCGGCGCGAUUCUGCAGUUCCACAUCUGGGAGCGGGGAGACAUCGACUUUCCUCAGCUGGCAGAGAAGAUCGGGCAGGCGCUGCAGCACGCGCUCUGCGACGUCAUCACCGAGUACUACAUGCUGACCGCGCCGAUCGCAGAGCUGGAGGAGGAUGGAGAGGAGGAGGAGGAUCUUAUGGAUGAGGAGUUGAUGAUGGAAGGAGACGUUUCGUCCGCGGAUGGAAGACAACUCUCGGAGGAGAGUGCGGAAGGAAUCGAACCAUUAUCAGAGUCGACACAGCAGGCAAACCUGACGUGGAAGGAAAGGGAGAUAGCCAGAAGGAAGGAGGAGGACCACAAGAGCCUGCUGUGGAAGCUACAGUCUGGUUCAGAAGGGGUGCUCCACACCAUGUACAUGGGGAGGGUACAGAGGUGGUUCGACUUCAUGUACGGCAUUAACAGCCCUUCGGUGGUCCGCGACACGCAGUCCGUGGACUCUCGCUACGCCAUCCCCAUCCUUCUGCGGGAACUCUGCGAUCUGGUCCACCUCCUUGCAAAGGACAACACCUUACGGGUGUUCAAACACUGCCAGGAGCAGAACUACACCCUCCUGAAGGUUCCCAAAGGCCCGCCCAAGUCUGAGGAGGUGUGCCACGCUCCCGGGUUGGCUGACAACUACAUCCUGCUAGCGCGCAGUCUGCGACAGUGGAGGGAGUGCAUGGACGUGAAGUACGGGGACUUGGGAGCAGAUGAGGAGAAGCCGCUGCCUCCUGUUUCGUACAAAGGUGUGCAGAAGUUCAAGGCCCAGGAGAGGAAGGGUCAGGAGAAGGUAGCAGAAGCGGCGGGGCCGUCGCCCCGGCAACGGCUGAUGAUCGUGGAGAUCCGGGACACGCAGAUCACGACGUACCAGUACAACUGGGCAGGCGACCUGAGCGUGACCUUACGGCAGCAGCUGGCGCAGCUCAGCCAGUGGCACAACGCACGCUCCCACCUGCUGCAGUCCCUACUGGUACAGAAGUUGGGCCUCUUCCACCACCAUCCUUACCAGGUGGAGAAUGCUGCCAACCCGUUCCUGCGGUACUCUCAGGACGCCGACCUCCUGGUGAAGUGUUCCGCGCCGCCCGUUAAAGAGCUGCAGGCCCGCGCCGCGCAGGGGUUCCGGGGGAGCGUGCUGUUCCACCCGGCCCUGCGGAAGUUCGACCAGUGUCUGCGGGAUGUACACCUGCGCUGCCCCAUGCACCAGGCGCCGUACGCCGGGCACCCCAACCCCGUGUUCCGGCACGGUAUCCAGGCCCAGGAGGCACGGAACAUCGAGUGGGGGGAGUACGACACGAUCCACAAGCUGAAGAGCCUGUACCUGAUGUGGCAGCAUCGCAGCGGCCAGGUCAACGUCCCCAUCCCGGACGAUCUUAUCGACCUGAUGAAGAUGCAGUCCCGACUCGUGCACUACUGCACCACUCCGCUGCUCUACCACCCGUUCUGGCUCGACCAGGAGAACGGGAAGGCAAGUAACGGGCGGGUUGCUAGGAAAGCCACGCCUAGCGACGACGCGUGGCUGGUGGACCUCUCUUCGUCCUUCCUUCAGCAGUACAUCCAGUACCUGCAGUCUCUCGGCUUCGUGCUGGUCCAAACCCGCCCGCCCUCCCCGCGUCGCAUGGCACGGAUGCAGCGCCACAGCAAGUAUCACGCUCCGUCAGAGAGCGGCAUAGAAAAGACCACCACUCACCACCUACAGCGAACCAUCCCCGGUGGUGUGUUGUUCAUGGAGCUCAGUCUGCACUCACAGUUCUUCACUGUCAGGCAGUUUGCGCUGGAGAGUCAUCGCCUGGGCCUGCCUGUCAACUCUCACCUCGCUGUGGUCUUCACUGAUGAGUGUGACAAGUAUAAGGACCUGAAACAUCUGCACUCCUUCUCCCAUGACUUCCAUCUUCGCUGUGCUGCCCUGUACAUGAGCGGCCGGCAGCUCAUCUUCCCACAGUGCUACGACCUCAGCACAUUCCUGGCCGGCGUCGUCAACUUCUUCAGCCGGCCGCCACGCUUCUCUCAGAACCACAUCCUCUCAGACACCAUUACUGAAGACUGCCCCAAGCUGGAGGCGAGUCAGCUGUUUAGCUACACCCUGGAGCAUGCAGACAGCUACGGGUUCAAGUCGCUGGCCAUGAGCGGGCCAACGGGCGACAUGACACAGGAACAGGACUUCGCUCUCAUCACACUCAGUACAGGUGCCACGCCACAUCCAGAAGUUGCCAACCUGCCCAUGAACGACUUUGACGUCAGCCUGUUCGUCGUUCGCCAGAAGGACCCAGCAAAACCGCCCGCCACCUCCUCGGUCCUAACCCUGCAGUACUACGUCAUCCUGACCAGCCGGCGCGACAUGUUCCCGCGUCUGACCGUGGAUGAGAAGAUCGCGUUCCGCACUCGGGCCGGGCGCGCCGGCGGCCACCACUUCGGCCGCCCGGAGGACGACAUGCCCCCCUGGCUACAGCUGCUCCUCUCCGAGUCCGUCACCGCGCGCCAGAAAAUCUCCGGGACGAUCGACGACGCGCAGCUUCACUGCCGGCGCGACCAGCUCUGGAACCGCCUGCAGUUUGAGAAACCAGCGGAGAGCGAGGAGAGGAAAGGGCGGCGCAGCGAGAGCGACGAGAAAUCCCGCCGCGAAUCGCUCGGGAACGCCAAACUCAGCUUUGACGAGUUCCAGGAGCUGAUGAGUUUGGUGGUGUCGCGAGCGCUGACCGACAUGGACCCGUCGCUCACGACGCUGCUCAGCAUGGGCACAGCGUGGUACCAGGGGCUUCUCCGGGUGCUUCAGAGCCGCUUCCCCGCAAAAAGUCGCCACUUCAGCAGCCCAGACACUCACCAUCACUACCUGGCCGUGCUCAGUAACCACGAGGAUAACUUCAUCCUACUCCACAUGAACACGCAGACGCGAUUCGCCGAGCUUAGCGCCGUGUUCCGGGUCGAGAAUCAGCAGAGUCUGGCGACGAACGGAGACGGCUCGCCCGCGUCAGACUUACAGCGCCACCUAGAGGCUGUCGUUAACGCUGCAGCCUUCCACCUGUGGUCCAGCCUGUUGUCCGUAACCAAGGAGAUGAUGACACGGUGUAGCCGCAAGAGGUCGCUUCUGUCCAUCGGCGGUCUGAUCCUCUCAGUCGCACUGCUGGUGCUUUACUCAUGGAGUGUUCCAAGGUCAUUUGAAGGUCAAAUCAAGAGCAAACUCCAAAGACGCUUCCAUGCAGGUGUGAGAGGAAAGAACGCCACCUUGUGGCGGCAGGUGGAACUGCAUGGAGAGACCCACGCCUUUAAGUCCAACGACAAUGAUGCUGUUGGUACAGGAAGUCAUCGUGGCAGCUGUAGGCAAAAAUCUGACAUAGUUUUCCUAAAGAGCCACAAAACGGCGAGUUCCACUGUACAAAACAUACUGAUGAGGUACGGCCUGGCAAAUAACCUCACCUUCGCUCUCCCGAAAAGGGAGAACUUCCUCAACUGGCCAAAGUUCUUCCACAAGUCGUCUGUUCUGCAGGAACAUCUCCAUGGCAACGAGGGGCGUAACCAUGGCAACCGCACAGCCUACAACAUCCUCUGCCACCACACGAGGUUUCACUAUGAGAACAUCCGGGCGCUCAUGCCGAACGACUCUGUGUACGUCACCAUUGUCAGGAACCCGGUAGACAUGUUUGAGUCCAUCUUCACCUACAGAAGACUCGACAAGAAGUACCAGAUUUCCCAGCCGAACUCCCUAAAGGUGUUCCUGGACAGCCCCUCGGACUUCGUGAAGAAAUACGGCCGGACGGAGCAUUCCCAGAAUCCUCUGUUCUACGAUCUGGGUUACGACAGCGAGCAGCUGACGUCAUCGCAGACGAUACGGUCGGCUAUUGAUCGAAUCGAUCAGAUAUUUCCCGUUGUCAUGGUAGCAGACUAUUUCGAAGAGUCUUUGAUACUGAUGAAGCACGUUUUGUGCUGGUCUCUAGAUGACGUCACGUUCUUCAAGGUCAACGCCAGAAGCGAGGCGUCUGUGCGUCACGUGACCGAGGACAUGGCGGGAAAAAUCCGCCAGUGGAACAAGGCGGACGCCAUGUUGUUCGAACACUUCAACAGAACUUUGUGGUCCAAACUCUCCAAACUCCCCUUCAACUGGAGACAGGAGGUCCAGCUCCUCAAGGAGAGGAACCAGCGACUUAAGGACGAGUGUCUGAAAUCUGACGACGCCUCCAACACGGAAAUAAAAGACGAGAAGUUCCGAGUCUGGGAGCCGGAGGGAGUUUCUGUUCGCGGGUUCCUCCUGAGAGACUCUGCCCGAGAGAACAGAACUUGUGCAAACAUGGCGAAACCGCCCAAACCGUUUACUUACGAGCUACAGGACAGGGAAAGGGCGAGGUUUACACUCGGGGCGGUUUGAACUGACAUAUAUGUUCAUUUAUACAAUAAACAAUAUGAUGCAAUAAAUCUAAUGGUGAAGAUUUAAAGAAAUUACAGGUUCUAUUGU